AAACGACGGUACUCUCGCGUUAUUUGCAACGUCACGUCAGUCCAUGAUGGCUGAAGAUCCUGGCGGAACAUUUUUCAAUUUCUCUGUGAUUUUUCUUUCUUUCUCUUUACCUCAGCUUGCCAUAGAGACAUGGCAGGACUCACAGCCACGUUAAGCGUCCACAGAUAUUUGGUAUCGUCAUGCCCAAGAAAGGGAACCGAAAACGGCUGAAAUUUAAGGCCGGGGACGUUUGUUCGGAAUCAGUCACUGUAGCUGAUUAUGCUGAUGCCGACCCAGCCGUUGUGAAGUCAGGGAGGGUUAAAAAGGCUGUUGUAAAUGCGAUUGAAAAAGAAGUGAAAUUACUCUGCGGCCUGGAAGCAUCGCAGGGUGCUGUAGAGGAAGUCCUCUCCUCCGCAGUAAGCGUCAAAGCAGACGCUUUGGGCAGUAGCGACGAGCAGGACCCUGAAGAAGAUGGAGAGAAUGAAACUAAAGUGUCCCGCAAAAAGAAGAACAAGAGGAGAAAGGAAAACAGUGAGAGCAGUGAUGGUGUAGAUUAUCCGGUGGACAUUUGGUUGGUGCUCUCCUCCUACAUUCGGCCUGAGGAUGUGUGCAGAUUUGCUCUAAUCUGUAGGAAUGCCUGGACGGUCACUUGCACUGCAGCUUUUUGGACUAGGCUCUACAGGAGACACUACAGGAUUGAUGUUGAGCUGCCACUUCGUCUCCAGCCUGUCUCUAUUGAGAAGAUGCGUUUCUUACGGGCUUGUGUGAUUCGUUCCCUUUUCCAUUUAUAUGAGCCGUUCACCUUGCGUGUGUCAAAGAUUCCUCCACUGCCAGAAUCCACACCCACUACCUUACUCAACUCCAAGUGUUUACUUUUCUGGGUCAAAAAGGUGUCGGGGACUCGGUCUGAAACGUUGUGGGAGUUCAACUUUAAAUUUUUAAAGCAGCAGGGAAACGGUAGGAAUGGUUGUGCCAAGUCCUUGCAUUUGCCUAGACAGUAUGAAGAUGUUCACAUGAAUCCAGACUCUGACUGCUAUGUGCUUCAGGUCACCACCCUCAACUUCAUCUUCACCCCAGUAGUCAUGGGCAUGACGCUGAGCCUGUUCACAAUAAAUGUAAGCACAGACAUGCGCCACCACCGCGUUCGGCUUGUGUUACAAGACUCGCCACUCCAACGGGGGAAGAAAAAAGUGGAUCAAGGUGGGACCCAGGUGGUGUUGGAUCCUGUACACAGUGUGAAGCUCAUGGACUGGUGGCAUCCACAGUACCCCUCCUUAAUCUACUCAUGAGUCUCUCUUCUCAGCCCCUACUACAGCAGGCAUUGCUGUAGUAGGGGACCUCAUUAUUAUCUCGCUACACUCAUAAAAGACGAUACUUGAUGAUCUGUAUAUCAUGUUCAGUGAAGGUUUUUGGCAAAUACACAUUUUGAUUGUUAGAUGUUUAGUAAAAACCAACACUGAAUUGAAGUGUGACGGUCUGGUCAUAGACACAUGGGAGAGGGGACCCUGUAAUAUAAUUGUUGCAAUUUUUCAGACUACAUUGCUGCAUGUUGAAUGUACAUGUAUAACACAUUUUCUACUCUGGAU